AUGAGUCAUGACGUUCCGUAUCAUGAGGUAGGCAGCGCGGAAGAGCUCACCAACGCAGAACAUUGUGAGUAUUCUCUGUCCCAGUUCUUUCCUACCUGCGACCUCGGUGCUGGCUCCUUUGGAGUGGUGCAGAAGUGUGUGAACUCGGAGAAUGACAAUGUUUAUGCCAUGAAGGUCAUUGAGAAAGCCCGCGUCAUGGAGAAGAAUAUGGGAGAGCAGGUGAAGCGGGAGGUGUUGACCCAACUGAAAGUCAAACACAAAAACCUUGUCCGACUGCAUUACUACUUUGAAGACGCUGCCAAGAUCUAUUGCCUCCUCGAGUUUGCAGAUAAGGGACAGCUCUUUGCAUAUUUAAAAGCAGGGCCCCUCUCAGAGCCAAGAGCUGCCAGCUUCUUCUUCGAUACAGCCAGAGGUAUUGACUAUCUGCACAGCCUUCAAGUUGCACACCGAGACCUGAAGCCCGAGAACGUCCUCCUUUUUGGUGACGAGCUGCUGGCAAAGGUUGGUGAUUUCGGUUGGUGCGUCGAGCUGAAAGAUGGUCCAAGACUAACCUUCUGUGGGACACUGGAGUAUGUUUCACCCGAGAUGUUAUGUGGCGAGCCGCAUGAUGAAGGUGUAGAUCUGUGGGCUCUUGGGGUCCUCCUUUACGAGAUGCUCCUGUCCCAAGCUCCUUUCCUGGGAUCCAAGAAAGAUCUCAUGGACAAGAUUUGCGAUGUCGACUUCUGCAUUCCCAGUGGAUCCAUAUCUGCAGGCCCCGAAGAACUGAUCCGUGGCUUGCUUAAACGAUCGAGCUCAAGCCGGAUGCCGUUGAAGCGAGUGCUGGAGCACGAGUGGUCUCUUGCCGUCUGUGUAUUGCAGGAUGCCAGGGAGACACGGACAGAACUGGCAGUCGGUGACCAGCCGCGACCGAAAGCUCGCAGUCGAAAAAGCUUCUUUUCCACCCUGCCCGAGCUGCAUUGCUUUCAUCGUUCACGAUGCUCUCGAUGCUCUGAAAGAUGGCGCGUCGUAUUGGAAGAUGCUCGGAUGUGUUUUUGCGGUUUUUUUGGCAUUGUCCAGGAUUCCGGUCGGAGGGGCUCAAAGUACUUCAUUCGCGUGGCCUCACAUAUGUGCGUUCAACCGCCUUUUAGAGCCUCUGCCCUCCUAAGCACUUCUACUUCCUUGCCUAAAGCCACUGGUGCCAUGUCGCAGUGCAGCACUUUGGCGAGGGGGGAGACUCCGCUGUUGGUGCCAUAA